AAUUGAGAUUGAGCACCAUCAAGAGUCAAUCAAUAAGGCGACAAAAGGAAAGAAACCCUGAAAAAUAUUUUCAAGGAUAUAUUAUUAUUUAUAGCUGUCAUUGUUUUCAUCCCACUGAAUUCCAUAUUUUGUUUGUUGAUUCAAUGGGUUGCAUUAAAGCAAUUAAAAGCUGUCGAGUGGGUUGUUAAUAAGCUAUUGAUAGAAGAACCUUAUCUCAAAUUAUCCGUCAUUUUUGCUUGAUCAAUUGGAGAGGUCAAUCUCUGACAUCUCUGCUUUGUAAAUGGGAAAGUGGGGUGGUGUUAUUUUCUCUCUUCUGUUCUUUUCUCCUCUGUUUCUUGGAAAAAUAGCAGAAGCUUCAAGAACAACAGAUGGAUCAGAGGAAUGGGGAUAUGUUGAAGUCAGACCCAAAGCCCACAUGUUCUGGUGGCUUUACAGAAGUCCCUACAGAGUUGAGGAUGCCUCCAAGCCAUGGCCUAUCAUCCUUUGGUUGCAGGGCGGCCCGGGCGCUUCAGGAGUUGGGAUAGGGAAUUUUGAAGAGGUUGGGCCAUUAGACACCGAUUUGAAGCCGAGGAAUUCGACAUGGUUGCAAAUAGCUGAUCUUCUGUUUGUGGAUAAUCCAGUUGGAACCGGAUAUAGUUUUGUGGAUGAUGAAAAACUGUAUGUCAAAACCGAUGAAGAGGCAGGAAACGAUUUAACCACAUUGUUGGAGAAGAUAUUCAAUAAAAAUGAGAGCCUCCAAAAGAGUCCUCUGUUCAUUGUGGCAGAGUCCUAUGGUGGGAAAUAUGCUGUCACUCUUGCACUGUCAGCACUAAGAGCCAUAGAAGCCGGGAAAUUGAAGCUUAAACUGGGAGGAGUUGUAUUAGGAGACAGCUGGAUCUCCCCAGAAGAUUUUGUGUUUUCAUGGGGUCCUCUUCUCAAAGAUGUCUCUCGGCUUGACUACAAUGGGCUGCAUUACUCAGACAGUGUAGCUCAGAAGAUUAAGCAGCAAAUUGAGCAAGGUCAAUAUGUUGAGGCAACCAAAUCAUGGAUGCUACUUGAGUCACUGAUUAGCAGGAGCAGCAAUAAUGUGGACUUCUACAAUUUUCUAUUGGAUUCAGGAUCCGAUGUGGCAUCCUUCACAGCCAUAGAAUUAUCAAAAGGGAUUGCACUAAAAAGAUAUUCAAGAUAUUUAAGUUCCUUAAGGUCAAGGUCUUCUCCUGGUGGUGGUGGUGGUGGUUUGGAUAGCUUGAUGAAUGGCCCCAUUAAAGAGAAGCUUAAGAUUCCGGAAAAUGUGACGUGGGGAGGGCAGUCAGACAAUGUUUUUACAGAGCUGGAAGGCGAUUUCAUGAAGCCUAGGAUUAAUGAGGUCGAUGAGCUCCUUGCUAAAGGGGUGAAUGUGACUGUGUACAACGGGCAACUUGAUCUUAUAUGUGCAACCAAGGGGACAGAAGCAUGGAUUGAGAAGCUCAAGUGGGAAGGGCUACAUAAUUUCUUGAGCACGGACAGAACCAAUCUCUAUUGUGGGGAUAAAAAAGGCACCCAAGGUUUCACCAAGUCGUCGAAAAACCUACACAUGUAUUGGAUACUUGGAGCAGGCCACUUUGUACCGGCUGAACAGCCGUGCGUUGCAUUAAAAAUGGUGGGUGCCAUCACGCAGUCACCAGCGGCUUCUAGGCUUGUACGUAGAAAGUGAAGAAGGAGAAACACAGAGCCAGCCUGAGAGUAUAGAAGGGAAGCAAACAAGAAAGAGGGCUUGGACAGAGUCAACAAACAAGCAAGCAAGCAAACCAACAGUAGAGACUGAGAUGAGAGGACAGAGAUUAUAUAUUUUUAUGUCACAGUUUGAUUCAUUAUCCCCAUUAUCCUUCACCCACCAAAGUACAUAAUUUAUUUCUUUUAUUGAAUAACAGAAAUUUCUAUCUU